AGUAAAUAUAAACCACAAGUCUAAACAAAUUAUUUUGUAAGUGUAUUCGUUUGUUUUGAAUAAUAUUAAGCUUUUUCAUUUAAAAAACUGAUAAUGGGAGAUGAUGAAACUGAAGUAAAUGACCUUAUAUAGCUUAAUCUCCUUGAAAUAUCUGAUAUUCUUCAAAAGCAAAACAUAGAAAUACUAAAACAUCUUGGUUAAUUCUCAAAAAGAUUUGAUGAUAAAUACAAAGUUUUUAUAAAUGAAUCCAUCAAAAACGUGAGCAAAUCUCUUGAGAUACAAAGCUUCAAAUUCGUUGGAUAGAUUUGGAAAUAUCUUUUCAAAAAUGUCAAAAUGAUGUAGUAAUAGCAGUAAUCAAAACAAUUAGAAGAAUAAAAAUAAUAGAAUGAGGAAAAUAAUUUGAUAAAAUGCGCUUAUGAAGCAGCAACUAUAGAUUUGAAAGAAUUUUUAAAGUCAAAAAAGGUUUUAGAUUAUGUUAAUUAACAGCAAAGCUAAAAUCAAACUCUUUAUGGUACUGAUAAAUUCAAAAAUGAUUAAUCUACAAAUGUAAAUGAAGUGUAACAGCAGCAAAGAUAGUUAAUUAAAAAUGAAAACUAAUAGCCUGAAGAAGGAUUUUAUUCUGAGUCAACUUCUAGACGAUCAUCUAUUCUGAUUAAUGAUGAAUCCUUUUCAUUUUAACCAGAUGCUACUCAAUUAAGCAUCAAAUCAUAGCUAAAUAACUCAUAGAUCUCCUAACUAAAUUAAAAAAAUUAAGCAAAUGAAAAUAAAAGCAAUGAAAAGAUUUAUAUUGUAAAGUAAAAAGUUACUCUUUUUGAUGAGAGUUAAGCUACUUAAAUUAAAAAUCUGUAGAAAGAGCUCAGUUUUGCCAACAAAAAACUUUAUGAUAUGCAUCAAUAACUCCUCGAUGUUACUACUGGAUAUAUUAGGGAUGUCAAUCAUUUCAAAGAUUUAGCUUUGGGUCAUUUUAAAUUAAAUAGCGAGGACUUUUUUGAAGUUAAAUAUUUUGAUUCUACUUAAAUACUUGAUGAAAAAUUAAGAAUUUUACUUAAUGACAAGAUUGAUGAUAUGAAAAGACAAUGUUAAAAGAAAUUAUAGGAAAUUUACAUAAAAUAUAAAACAGCUACUAACGAGUUAGAUAAGCUUACAAAAUGUUUAAAUACAUUUUUAGAAUAAAAUAACUAUUAAUAACACUUAAAAACAGCAUUUUAAUAAUAGCCAAACGAUUAUCUAUUAUGGAAAGCUAUUUAAGAUAUAAAAGGUCUUGAUUUUUUAUUCAACUUAAUCGAGAACUAAAAACCUCAAUAUGGUAUUAAAUAUACUGAAAUAGAUGCGUUCUUAUCAAAGACAAAAGCUUCAAAGAGAUAGUUUAUUUUAUUUUAAAAUAUUCUUUAAAAAUAAUAUGAUGAGCUGAGCUAAAACUACAAGGCUAUGGUACAAGCAGCAGAAAAUAAUAUAUCGGAAAGUUUAUAAAAAUGCUUGGAGGUAGAUUAAAGCAUAGAAAAAUGUAUUACAGAUGCUUUAAGAAGAAAAGAAGAAGCCAUAACAUAAUAAAUUGAGCAAAGAUUAUUUGAAGAGUUUGACCAAAAGAGGAUGCAGUUGUAUGAAUAAUUUAAAUUUGAUGAUACUUCUGCAAGGAGAUUGUAAGCUCUUGAAAGAAAAUUAGCAUUCUAAAAAUGGAGAUUUUGUGUUUAGAUUUUGAUGAAUAAACAAAUAUCUAAAGAAAAGCUAGUGAAUCUUUUAAAUUUUUAAAAUAAGCUCAAGAGAAAUAUUCCAAGUUCAAUUGAAGAGGUUUAUGAAAAUAUCAAAGAUGCAAACGAAGAAUAGUAAGUAAAUACUACUUAAUAGAAUACCAUUUUUAGAUAUGAGUGGAGUUAUGAAUAAGAGCUAGAAAAGAAAGAACUUUAAAUUAUGGAACAAAAUGAAAUAAUUUAAGUUCUUUAAAAAAAAAUUUAAUAUUUAUAUGAACAAAAUAAGCAAAUUGCUUCAGAUAGGUUUAAAAUUUUACAAUAAAAAAUCAUAUUAGAUGGGAAAGUAUCACUUUUAAAGCUAGCCUUCAAGGAAAUCUGCAAAGUGGUGAAGUAUGAAUAUAAUCUUUAGAUCAAUGAAGCAUCCUUCUAAAGUGAAGAAACAAAAGGAAGAGUAAAGUAAUUUUUAAAAGAUAUUCGUUAUUCUGCAGAAGACGAUUAGGUUCUGAUAUAAUAUUAAAUAGACAGUGCAGCUUAAGCUAUGUCUAGCUUGGUUAAAUAAAACAAAGGAUACUUAAGUAAUUCAUUGAAAUAAAUAAAGGAAAUAGAUGUGUAAACUGAUGUUAAGGGUAUUAAUUAGUCCUUAGAUAAACUUGAAAAAGAAAUAAUGUCUUUGAAUAGAGAAUUCAAUGAGUUAUAAGUUUCGAAUUAAUAAUUUACGCAACUUCAGCUUGAGAAUAUUUAAAAGUAAAAAAUCCAAAAUUAAAUUGCAGAAAAGUUAAAUGAAAGCAAUACAAUAGAGAUACUCUAAACUUCUAGCUAAAAAAAAUAAAAUAAAAAAAUUAUAGAUUUGGAAUCUGAAUAAUUCAAAAUGAUAAGAUAAACAUCUUAAAAUUUGCAAAGGAGUGGCAGCUAGAGUCAUGAUGAAGAUGAUGAUACACAUUAUUUGGCAUUAAAAAAAAUACAACACAGAACUAUUGAAAAAAGCAGUUUAAAUCAUUAAGUGAAAAUUAAUUCACCAAAAUAAAAUCUUAAUCACAGCAAUUCAUUUAUCUAAAAUACACAAUCACCAAUCAUCUAAAUGACACAAUUUGAAAGAGGUGUUUUUAAUAGAUUGUGGAAUGAAGGAAGUAAAAAAAAGUAGAGGCUUGAUAAAAUGAAGGCAGAAUAAUAAAAAAAGGAUUUCUAAACAUGGUAAGAGACCAUUUCUUCUUUUAAUUAAAAUCAAAGUGGUUAAAAUAAUUAACUUCAAAAUCAAGCGAAUGAGGUCACCUAAUUAGAUAGAUAAAAAUCAGAUAUGCAGCAACAUAUCCAACAGCUAUAAAUGAUGAAUAAUUCAGGGUUUUUAAAUUAAAAAAUGUUGUAAUAAGGAAACACAGAUUUAAAAUAACACAUUAUGUAAUAAAAUAUUUCUGGAGGUAUAAAUGUUAUUCUAGAUUCUGAAUUUAUAAGAGAAAAUGCACAAAAUAGGAAUUAUUCUAAAACUCCAGUAAACUUAAAUAGUAAUAAUUAAAAUCCUAAUAAAAGUAACUCCCCUUUAGUUAUGGCUAAUUCUAGGAGUUAUUAUUAAACUUUAAAGAAUUCUGCUAUUAAGACGGAAGGAGAUUAAAAGAGUAAAAAACAAGAGUCAUUUAUAAGAUAUUUUAAUGAAGAAAACGAAGGUCGUCAGACCAUAUUCUUUCCCCAAUAAAAUAAAACUCCAAUGAAAGAAUAAAAAUAGACAUAAAAUUAACAAAGGUCAUAAUCAACUAUAAAUAAUAAUGAAAAAUCAGAAAUGGUUAGACUUAGGAGGAAUAAUCACUCAAAAUCAAUUUUACCUGCUACAAAUUAAAAUAAUUCAUAAAAUUAAAAAAACUUUAUGAUUAAAGAUGGUAGUAUACAGCUUUUACCUUCUAUAGAUAACACUCACAACAAAUCACCCACUAUAACAUAAAACUUUAAUCAAAACGUAUAGAAAAAAAGGAAGUUAAACUUAAAAUAACCAAACACAAACUAAAAUUUAACAUUCGAUUUUUCUUCCUUGAGAAUAGAUUUACAAAAUAACCAUAAAUAAUCUUGA